CGCCCCGCCUCGCCAGGUGCGCCCCGCCUCCUGCCUGCUCAGCCACCUUCGGGAGCAGCUUCCAGGCGUCCGCCAUUGGCUCUGGCGACCCCCGCACGUUGGGAGGUGUGGCGGGGCUCUGAACGCGCGGAGGGGCGUUGAGUGUCGCAGGCGGCGAAGGCGCGAGUGAGGAGCAGACCCAGGCAUCGCGCGCGGAGAAGGUCGGGUGUCCCCUCACGGAACGUCCGGAAAGGCGGCUUCCGGGGGCUUCGGCACCUGACGGACCCUCCUCGGGCGCCUGCACCUGAAGGCGAGACGCUGCAGUGCGCGUGCGCGGCGAGGGGCUUCCGGCACCUGAUCGCGAGACCCCAACGGCUGGCGCCUGGCGGCGUCGCCUGAGCGUCUCGGCGGAGCGGGCCAUGGCGCAGCUGUGCGGGCCGAGGCGGGGCCGGGCGCUCCUUGCCCUGCUGGCAUCGCUGCUCCUCUCCGAGGUCCUGGCGGCCGACGGAGAACGCGGCAUCCACGACUUUUGCCUGGCUUCGAAGGUGGUGGGCAGAUGCCGGGCCUCCAUGCCUAGGUGGUGGUACAAUGUCACUGAUGGAUCCUGUCAGCUCUUUGUGUAUGGGGGCUGUGAUGGAAACAGCAAUAAUCACCUGAGCAAGGAGGAGUGUCUCAAGAAAUGUGCUGCUGUCACAGAGAAUGCCACGGGUGACCUGGCCACCAGCAGGAAUGCAGCAGAUUCCUCUGUCCCAAGUGCUCCCAGAAGGCAGGACUCUGAUGACCAGUCCAGCGAUAUGUUCAACUAUGAAGAAUCCUGCACCGCCAAGGCAGUCACUGGACCUUGCCGUGCGGCCUUCCCACGCUGGUACUUUGACGUGGAGAGGAACUCGUGCAACAACUUCAUCUAUGGAGGGUGCCGGGGCAAUAAGAACAGCUACCUCUCUGAGGAGGCGUGCAUGCUCCGCUGCUUCCGCAAGCAGGUGGAUUCUUCCCUGCCGCUUGGCACAAAGGUGGUGGUUCUGGCGGGGCUGUUCGUGAUGGUGCUGAUCCUCUUUCUGGGAGCCUCCAUGGUCUACCUGAUCCGGGUGGCGCGGAGGAACCAGGAGCGGGCCCUGCGUACCAUCUGGAGCUCUGGAGACGACGAGGAGCACCUGGUGAAGAACACAUACGUCCUGUGACUGCCCUGUCACCAAGAGGACCAGGGAAGGGAGGGGAGACUAUGUGCGUGUGUUUUUAAAAGCGAUUUUUAAGAGCGAUUGACUUGGAUUUGUGCGAUCAUUAGGGCUGAGGUCUGUUUCUCUGGGAGGCAGGAAGCUCUUCCUGGUCUGGCGGGGGUGGGUUUGCUUUGGAAGUCCUCUAGGGAGGCUCCUCCUCACGUGCGUGGCCUGUGGUCUGGCAGCAGCCGUGAGUUGUUUCCUCACUGGUAGAUUUCUUUCCUCCAGGUAGAGUUUUCUUUGCUUAUGUUGAAUUCCAUGGCCCUUUUUCUCGUCACAAAAGUGAUGUUAUAAUCGUUUCUUUUGUUUGUCUGAUUUGUGGGUUUUUUAAAAGUGUAAACAGAAGUUUUUUAUUAGCAUUCCUGAAAGUAAAAUGUACAAGUUUAAUAAAAGGGGCCUUCCCCUUUAAAAUAAAUUUCAGCAUGUGCUUUC